AUGACCAUCUCCCUCCAACGUAUCUGUCUUUUGUCGACUUGUCCCAACAUCCUUUUUUCAGACAACCACCUGAGGCUCUUCAAGGUCUACAUCGCCACUCGGAGCAACAUCACAACCGCCCCUCCUUACCGAUCGCGCCAGCGCCGCACCCAAAGCGCCACCGUCCUUGCUACACUACACAGGGCAAAACGGCGCAGCAGGGUCUCUAUACCCAUCCGCAACCCCGAGUUCUUCCAAUCCGCCUCUCGCGACAUCUUCUUGUCCAAGGUCCUGCCGAGGAGGCUGUCGCCUCGUCUGCAUCCCGAUCCCAAGCCUGUGACAAAGCGACCUGCAACACCGCUCGCCACGCUACCCACCAUGGAGAUGCCACUUCAGCCGCGCCCAGUUUCCGGGCUGGGCUUCGAUCUCGACGCCGAACGGCCUCCAUCUGCGUGCUCCGACGCGAUUCCCCGUGGCCUGCAGUCACCCCACCGUAUACAGCCCUCAGUAGGACUCGACGACCUUCUCGAGACCCGGUCCGCCCGCUCGAACUCCGCGGCGUCACGGAACCCCAAUAGGCUGUCCUUGACUCUCCCCAUACCCGUCAACCUUCCGACCGCCACACCCACACGACCUUCGUCAUCAGUAGCACCAUCGUAUCCCGCCACCCCCGCCGAGACACCUGAUCUUAUGUCCCCAGUCGACCCGAAGGAUUUCAUUGCAGCUAUCGCCUCACAAGAGAGACGCGUUCUCGACCUGCGCGAGGAGCUUGCUCGGGCAGAGCGGGAGCUGAAUGUGCUGAAGAGGAAUUUCACUCAUACCGAGCGCACCAAGAAGGCACGGGAGACCAGAACUUCACAGAGGAUGCGCGAUAUGUCUAUGACCCUUAUCGAUAUAUCCACCUCAGACGAGGAUACGGCGGCAGCGAAGCGCAGCGCCGAGCUGGACAGGCGGAAGGCUAUCCUUCUCGGCAUGCAAAGCGCGCCUGGCACGCCACAACUGCCCCAAGAGUCCAAGAAGAAGGUUUUCCAAGGAGGGCACAUGCGGACCUUGUCCCUGUUGUCACCAACGAAGACCGAGCCAGGAGACUUCUCGGUGCACGAGGAUGCCGUCGACCAGCUCAAGACAUCCUCCAAGGAACUUGAUGAACAAUUCGCCAAUAUUGUGCGCUAUGCACCCAUAACCCCGGCACAGCUUUCGAAACGCGCCUCCUGGGCCCCUCGCUCUGUCCAACACCAGGCCACGAGCGGCGUCAAGCAGAUUGCUGAAGACCUCAAGAUUGGGCUGUGGACGUUCGUCGAGGAUCUUCGACAGGCUACAGUUGGCGACGAGCCCAUUACGGGCGUGGGCCAGCCCAUGCGUGGUCCCCACAGUGGCUCACGGCCUGGAAACGGCUCCUUUGCCGACGACCAAGGGACUAUUCGGCCAUCCGUGCAGUCGACGCGAUCACAAGCAACUACGGCGUUCGAGGACGACAGCUUUGGCAGCCCGCUCCAGGAGGAGACCGGGAAUGCUAACCGCCACCAGCGCAAGACCUCGAAGGCGGAGAAGCCCAAACGCUGGUCGUGGACGCCCCUGACGGUCGACUCUCUGGAUGACAGCGACUGGUCCAACUGGGACAUGCCACCUACCAAGUCGCCGCGCUGGAGCGGCACCACCAUCGCUGGGGAUGCCAUUCCAACCAUCCCGGAAAAGACCGAGAGUGAGGCGGCUGCGGCUCAAAAGGACUGCGAUCAGGUUUUGCAGCCGGCGGCCAAGCUCGACGAGCUUUCUUGGCCUGUGCUCAACGGCCUGACGCCGGGCAAGCUCAAGCAGCACGCGUCUGAGUACAUCAAGGAGUGGGAAAAGAGCCUCUCCCCGCCAGGAUCAGUCCUCUUUGCGAACGACGAGAUCAAUGCCGCGUAA